AUGGUCAUCAUUCACUUCCAUUGGCCGUCUAAAAGCCAAUUGUUUGUGGAAGAAGAUAUAUACAACCAUCUAUGGCAUGCUGUGUGUGAGUACACUGGCAAUGGAGUAAAACCCAACAUCUCCUGGAUUCUUCCCGAUGAAGACACCAUAAUUCAGUCAUCUGUUCAGUUCAAGAACAAUGGAAUUAAUGUGCAAGUCAAUUCCACUUACGAAUUUCAGCUCAGUCAGCAUGAGGGAAAAGAUUUGAUAUGUCUGAUCCAGAACGAGCACGACAAAGACGAAAGACAAACGAUACACGUUCCAAAAUAUUCUAUCUCAUCUAUUGCGGUUUUAAAUAAAACCACACUUUAUCGUAGAGCUCAGGGGCAACACGAGCAUAGGGUGACAUUGCAAGAAAACCUCUCGUAUCAAAAGAUACUUCUGAAAGCUCAUGGGAAUGCAUCGUCAUACAGGACUCAGUGUUACAGGGAAGAUGGUUCUGCGGCACACACUGUUGGCAUGGCAUUGGUUUUUACAGAGCCAGUUUCUGAAUUGGAUACGGGCCUGUACAUCUGCCACGUCUCGUAUCACCAUCACAAGGCUACAGUCUCCAUCCGCGUGGAUGUGACUAGCGAAGACACUCAACACUUGAUAUUCGUCACCAUCUGCUUCUCAUCGGCCGCUGCGAUCACCCUCAUCCUGACUAUCGUUUUGUUUGUUCUCUGUAAAUCAAGUGAGAGGAGUCACCAGCCGAACAAGAAAAACAGAAAAGAGCGUGAAUCUCUGGCGGCCCUUAUGCAAGAUCCUCGGUCUCCAGAGAGGACGGUGCUGCCGUACGGGACCGGGCCGGAUUACGCCGAGCUUGUGCGCUAUUCUAUUGUUCUUGAUGUAAAAAGCACCGUGUGAGGCCUCUGUUGGGUAUAUAUGCAUUGAGGCUAAAGGGCUAAGGCCCUAAAAACUGUGAUAUGACAUGCAUUUAAACCGGGAAAGAUUUAAGAUGGUUUUUUUGCAAUAUGUGACAAUGUGUUAACUCUUUUGUACAUAAAGGUCAGGUUUUCCUGCAACAAGUGAGUACAUGCAAUGCUAUUUGAAACUAUAUCUCAAAUCAUGCUGGGAUACAUGUAGCAUAUGAUCCACAUCAGCUCAAUUCAUAUUUGAAUAAUUGAAAAGCUCAUAUGCAAAAAAAGUGUGUAUGACAUGUUUUCUUUUCAGACUCUUAUUAAGUGAGAUUAAGUAGUUUUAAAGUAUUUCAGUUCUUGUGGUUUCAGAUUUUGGGAUACCACUUGUAUAUAUAUAUAUACACAGUAUAUACAAUGAAAUUUGUUUACAAAUGUUUUUCUAGUUAUUUUUUCCAGGCACAAUACCACUUUUAAGUAGCUUAGUUUUACUCUCAGCAUUAAUGAAAGUGUUUUUUUAAGGAGUAGCAAUCUAUAUUAUAGUCAUUUUUUUUUUCAUUUAGAGCUACUCUUAAGUGUGAUUAUUGCCUAUUUUGUUUAUAUCCAAACUGAGCUUUCAGCACACUCACUGACAGCGUAAAAUGUAUAAUGCUGUAGUGCCCUCUAGUGUCCAUGCAGUAUAUCUCUUAAAUGUUUGCUCUGCCUUUAAGUAGCCUACUUGCUGUUUAUUCCCCAAAUCAGGGGUCUCCAACUUUUUUGUGAGCAAUGUUGAUUUACUUGUUGAUUUUAUUUUAUUUGAUAUGUUUUAUCAUUGUUUAAAAAGUUAACAUGCAUAAAAGAAGCCAAGCUAAUAUAUAAAAAGAUGUAAUGAAUAUUAAAAUUGAGGCUUUGGCUGGCAACUCACAGACCCCGUGCGGGCACCAUGUUUAAGACCACUGCUCUACAGGGAAAAUAUUGUUUAAUCUCUAACAAGACAAUAAAAUACUUGACAAACA